CACCCCUGUGUUUGGAUGUCGAAUUUCAGUCAGCGAGUUUGGAGGUGUAGGCGAGGUCUGCUCUGAGAUGAAUUUACUUUUGUUGUCUGGAGGCAAAAGAGAAAAACCACAACAAUUUGUUUGUGAACGACGUUCCUGAUUGAAGACCAAUACCAAACAACUGAUAGUCUCCUAAUGGUGCCUACUGUAUCUUCAACCCCUACAUCACGACAGUUUGGAAGAUCUGCACCCUGAACAGAUAAUGGAUGUGGUAAGUGACAGCAUCUGUAGGAUACAGCUGGCACUGGCUGUGAAAGCCCUGUUGAACCUGGCUGUCAUUGGUUUGAAUUGGCAGUACAUGCACAAGAGCUUCAUGGGAUACUUCUGCAUUUCUCUGUCAUUCCUUGACCUCAUCCACACUGUCAACUUCUCCAUCAUUUACUGGUUGACAAACUUUGCCAUCCUGGGUUUCCAUAUUACCGUCUACCACAUUUACCUCCUUCUCCAAAUCUCCACGCUCACAUAUAGCAUCCUGCACUGGCCCGUUUUCAUAAUCGCCGGGCUGGACUACUACUGGACUUUCCCUUUCUCCAAGCCUUUAAGCCCGACCCGAAAGGCUGUGUAUGCGGCGUCCCUUGCUCUUGUGUGGAUUUCAGCCGUAAUGUAUGUGUUUUUUUUUUCUGAUUAUGAUUCUGAAGACAGUUUCUCACCCAUGGAGCACCAGAGUUUUCUUCUCAUCAAGUCCCAGUGCGCAUCUCUCUCCUUGGUGGUCCUGGCAGUUAUUACCUGUGUUGUUAUUUACUGCCGGUCUGGAUUACUGAGUUUGUUCAAAUCCUUCAGGGGCGAGCCCUACACAGAGGGGUCUACCUGUGUUUUCUUCUACAAGCUGGACUUGGAUGAGGGAUACAAGAAGCCGACCUUGACUUACAUUGCUGUAUGCUUUAUUGGUACCUGGUUUCCAUUUGUUUAUUUGCAGUUAAUCAUUAUGGUGUUCAGGAUAGAAGUCGUCCCCUUCCUGGAGUUGAAUGUUCCUUGGCUUUGCUUUCUCAAUAGUUUCUUGAUAGGAGCAGUCUAUUGGCACUUGAACCAGGACGUUGCUGUUUUAAAGCACUCUGAAAUUCCAGAUGGUUUCUGCAACUGGACUUUUGCCCCCAGUCCUGAUUGCAUAAAGAAGGCAUUACCAGAUACAACGUCAGUUACAGUAGCACUAAUUAUCACUCCCUAGAGCCACACUGGAAUAGCCAGAGAUGAGGUCAGUAGACCCAGGCAGCAAGCAAGAAUGGUUAGAAUCCUGCUUGCACAAAAUUGCUGAUAUUGGCAAUGGAAAAUUGGAUGGGAACGAUUUACUUUGUCACGUAAAAGGAAUAUUUGGCUUGACACUGGAAACAGAGGUCAGCCAUUGAUCUUCAGUUCUAAUUGAUAAGUGAGUUGUAAAUUGGCGAGGUGACAUUUGAAUCAGACGUUUCAAACAGGGUACAAAAUCCACGGUAAAAUUGGCAAAAAAAAAAAAAAAAAGAUUUAAGUACACAUCAGUCUACAUACGAUAUUUAUGCAUGCACUUCUAUGUCUUUUCAGGGACUCUCUUAGCAUUGCACAAUGCACUCAGUUGUACUGGAGCUAUUCUUUACUUGAUCUAAAAUGACUAUCAAGGAGAUUUGAAUCGUACACACUUAAAACAUACCAGAAAGUAUAUUCAUGCACUUGUUAGAGUGUGUUAUGUAAUGCACCCAGCAACACAUUAUUUUGUAAAAGAAAAUGAGUCAGACAGCCAACAGUGUAAUGUGAGAGCAAGGGACGUAAACACAACAAGUCACUAAAAGUUAAUGUAAUAGAUAACCAAAAAACCUCCAAAACAGCCUCAUAACGUUUGAUAUGAAAGCAAACCUACAGUCAUGAGUAAUUGUUCUCUAAGAUACCUAGAUUCCAAAACCAUUUGAAAGUUAAGAACAGCCCUUUAAACUCCUAUCACAAAAUAAGCAUGCAUGUAUGACAAAGUAGGUCUAUCCCUUAAAAACAUUUACCAUUGUUUUAUUAAAAUCACUCUUGCUGUUACAGUAGUUUGUAAAAUUAAUAAAUACAUACAUUUUAUGUUGCUAGUAAGGGGGCUCCUGUUAUACACUUUAUUAUACUAAAUUUAAACACAAAAUAAAUCGAACAUUUGUCAGGGGGACUGAUGAUUUGCUUCAUACUGAACUACUGUUCUGGAUUUGCACAACAGAAACCAGUUUAUCUAGUUGUGAUUUAAAUGCUUUUCCUAUUGCUAUAGACUAGUGUUUGUGCCUUAUACAAAUUUUCAUGUAUAUGUACAUAGCUUUUAUGUAUCUUUAAAAAAAAAAAAAAAAGUUUUUUUUCUAUUAUACUUGUCAUACAAUGAUUGUAUAUUUAUCAUAUUACCUUGAAUGUAUCUGAAAUGUUCUGUGCCUUCAUAAUUGUUCUCUUUGUAUGUAUGUUUAUACCACUGUCCUGUUGUAGGUAGUAUACAUCUGUUUAGAAGUAAAUAAAUGCUUUUGUUCAUUGUUA